AUGGCUAUGGAGGCUGUAAUGGGGCAUUUGAGGGUGAGGUAUGGAAGAUGGCUUGACGUUGGUGGCCCUGGGGGGUAUGGGGUAUGGGGUAUGGGGUCUCCUCAGAGUAGCUGUUACCCAAGAAGGGUUUUGCUCUACGCCUUCAAUCUUCAACGCUGA